AUGCUUCUCCGAGAAAAUGAAGGAGAUGAAGAUGGAAGGACUCGUGAUCACAGAGUGGACCAGAUGAUUUCGGUUAUUACAAACGAUGGACGCAACAUUGUGGGAGUUCUCAAAGGUUUUGACCAGACUACUAGUAUAAUUCUGUUGAUGAAUCUCAUGAACGCGUCUUUUCCACUAAAAGGUGUUAUAGGGGAACUGGACGAAGAGUUCGAUCUAGGUGGAGGGACUUGUGGAAAACGAUCACUUUUAGGAAACGAUGGUUUUCACAAGACAAAUGAAAGCAUUGUGCAUCUUCUGAGUAGAAUUGUUAUCUUAUUUCCUGCUGCCUUCCACAAUAGUUACGACAAGCUAAUAAAGGCGAUGCAGGCAGAGUUGGUCGUUGAUGAUACAGAAGCUGUUGUUAAUAUCUAUAAACGGCCGGAUCCAACAAGAUUUGGUUUGUGCACUACUUCCGUCUUUGCAUUCUUCGGCUCUGGAACUCUUGCAUGCGCGCUACAAUUAAUCAAGUGCAUACGCAGAGAAGGAGUUGAUAAACUUCUAAUGACCACAGCAACAAACGCUUGUGAAGGGAGAUGGGCCAAUGCUGAAACCUACCAUUAUUUACCCAAUAAGUCGUCUACGGAUCUGGUUGAGUUUCAGCUUGCAGCACUCCGUGCCUUUUUAGUUGAAGGAUUUGAGCUUUUCCUUAAGAGGUAG